CGCCAGAGCCGGAAAUGACGACACCAGUGAAGCCUUUUGGGCGGGGCCUAGGCCGAGCAGCUCCAGAGGCUGCGAUUUCACAUCGGAAACAAAACAGCGGCUGCUCUGGAAGGAGCCUCCCCUGCCAGGGGCCGGUGUCGGCGGCGAGGGAAGAGUAGACCUGAUCCGGGAGCCUGCAAAUGACAGCAGCCUGAGAGGUCCUUAGAAAGCUUGGCUUGGAGGAGAACACAUGAAAGAAAGAACCCCAAGAGGUUUUGUUUUCUGUGAAAAAGUAUUUCUAUACGCUUGCUCCAAUGACAGAGUUACCUGCACCCUUGUCUUACUUCCAGAAUGCACAGAUGUCCGAGGACAACCACCUGAGCAAUACUUCUUUGCCUCUUGCCUCUCCGCAGCUACUCCUCAUCCCCAGAAUGACAGUAGAGAACGGCUUGAGCAUAGCAGUGAAAGGCGGAGGCGUGGCAACCCUGAGCUAUCUAACGGACGACCCCAGGGUAACUCACGGCAGGUGGUGGAACAAGAUGAAGAAGAAGAUGAAGAGCUGACGUUGAAAUAUGGCGCCAAACAUGUGAUCAUGCUCUUUGUCCCGGUGACUCUCUGUAUGGUGGUGGUCGUGGCUACCAUCAAAUCAGUGAGCUUCUAUACCCGGAAGGAUGGACAGCUAAUCUAUACCCCAUUCACAGAAGACACCGAGACCGUGGGGCAGAGAGCCCUACACUCAAUUCUGAAUGCUGCUAUCAUGAUCAGCGUCAUUGUUGUCAUGACUAUUCUCCUGGUGGUUCUGUAUAAAUACAGGUGCUAUAAGGUCAUCCAUGCCUGGCUUAUUAUUUCAUCUCUGUUGUUGCUGUUCUUUUUCUCAUUCAUUUACUUGGGGGAAGUGUUUAAAACCUACAAUGUUGCCAUGGACUACAUUACUGUUGCACUCCUGAUCUGGAAUUUUGGUGUGGUGGGAAUGAUUGCCAUUCACUGGAAAGGGCCGCUGCGACUCCAGCAGGCAUAUCUCAUUAUGAUCAGUGCCCUCAUGGCCUUGGUAUUUAUCAAGUACCUCCCAGAGUGGACAGCAUGGCUCAUCUUGGCUGUGAUUUCAGUAUAUGAUUUAGUGGCUGUUUUGUGUCCAAAAGGCCCACUUCGUAUGCUGGUUGAAACAGCUCAGGAAAGAAAUGAAACUCUCUUUCCAGCUCUCAUUUACUCCUCAACAAUGGUGUGGUUGGUGAAUAUGGCAGAAGGAGACCCAGAAGCCCAAAGGAAGGUAUCCAAAAACUCCAAUUGUAAUGCACAAAGCACAGAAGGGGAGUCCCAAGACCCUGUGACAGAGAGCGAUGAUGGUGGCUUCAGUGAAGAGUGGGAAGCCCAGAGGGACAACCGCCUAGGGCCUCAUCACUCCACGACUGAGUCACGAGCUGCUGUGCAGGAACUUUCCAGCAGCAUCCUAGCCAGUGAGGACCCAGAAGAAAGGGGAGUAAAACUUGGAUUAGGAGACUUCAUUUUCUACAGUGUUCUGGUUGGUAAAGCUUCUGCAACAGCCAGUGGAGACUGGAACACAACCAUAGCCUGUUUUGUAGCCAUAUUAAUUGGUCUGUGCCUUACAUUAUUACUCCUCGCCAUUUUCAAGAAAGCUCUGCCAGCUCUUCCGAUCUCUAUCACCUUUGGGCUUGUUUUCUACUUUGCCACAGAUUAUCUUGUACAGCCCUUUAUGGACCAGUUAGCAUUCCAUCAAUUUUAUAUAUAGUAUAUUUGCAAUUAGAAUCCCAUGGAUUUUUCUCCUUUGACUAUAAUUAAACCUGGGGAGGACAAAGAUGAUUUUACUGUGUCCACAUCUAACAAAGGCAAGAUUCCCAGCUGGACAUUCGCAGCUUCCUUCCAAGUCUUCCUGACCACCUGUACCAUUGGGCACUGGAAGAAGAUGUCUACAGAAAAUGGUUUUGAACACACGUCAUCAUGACGGACUGAGUCCCUCGGUGCAAAAACUACCAGAUUUGAGGGACAAGGAUGAGGAGGAGGGACGGACCAAGAAGUUGCUGUGCUCCCACCAGCAAUUUGACCCUUGGUCACAGGUGGAUUUUACCAACACUGCAGACUCUCAGGACUCCCAUUACCGAGAAGUUAAACCAAACAGGUUUAAACCAAACAGGACUCUUCAUCUUAAACUACAUGUUGAAGAUCAACCUAAUAAACCUGUAUUGAACUCUGAACCUUUUCAGGAGGUACUGUAAGGAGAGCAGGCACCAGCAGCAACACGAAAAGGUUUUUGAAAAGGGGCUCUAACUUUCACUUUCAAACCUUUCUGCUGCAGACUUAUCAUUUUUAAAUAAGACUUUUUUUUUUUUUCACCUUGAGUCAAGUCAGAUAUGUAGGUUGAUUUUGAAAAUUUUUGUUUUCAAGCACUGAAACUCAUCUAUGGUUGCAUUUCUUCCCAUGGCCAGUCUGAACUUACUUGCUUUAUCCUAAAAGUCUUAACCUCAGGUUCCAAAUUCAGAAAUUUCUGGAAAGAAUGGAACUAUAUCUAAACGGUUUCCUGUCAGCCUUAGGUGAAUUCUGGGUUUUCCACCAAAUUCUUUAUUUUUAGACAUACUUGUAGGUUUACUUGCCCUGGAUGCUUCCAUUGUUCCCAUCUCUCCCUGACUCCCCAUAAGCAUUCUCUUCUACAGCAAAUGAGACAGCUCUGUUGUGGUAGCAGAUGAUCCAGUUAUUCUAGGAUUUUACUCUUUGUGUGGUGCAAAGAAUGUGUUAAUGAAUCAGUGCUGUCAGCCUCACUGUCAUAAUUUCUUCAGUAGCAAAUACAAUGUGUGCCCAAAGACAGUAGAAUUAAAGAAGAGUAAAAUGGCUGGUGAAGCA